CGCAUGUAUCAUCCAUCCGCCCCAUCGUCGACCUAAACAGCUGGAUAUAAUGGCAAUUGACACGGGGUGUUGCCAAUUAUAUAUUUUAUAGAUAAACUCUAUAGGGUGAGUUUUAGGAUGGACAAGGCAAGAAGAUGCUGCAACUAUAUUAGGUAGUGCGAGUAUCGGAUAGUGAAAAGACUACCUAAUGAAACAAACAGCUUUCCAUCACGAGUCUACCUGCCAGUGCUGGAAUACAUCUUCAAGUCGAUCCUGCACCUACCUUGCUACCCCAUGCCGUCUCAUCGGGACUAAUACGUGAUUCACAACCGCGACGCAGGUGGUUUCCCCGUCGGCCACACGUGUAGAACCCUCCCCCCCCGUUGCCUCACGAUGGCACAAGACAGUAUUACUUCCCCCGGUCCAUCGGUAUUCCCUUAUCCUGCGGUGACACUUGUUGCUCGUGACUCUGGUGGCUCGAGCCUAUCAGUUAGUCUUGAAGGCCGGCGUUGUUCCACAGCGCCUUUGUCUACAGUCGUGCGUUGCGGACUCACGGAGGGAUUUGGAGGAGGGUCCUACGAUGACGCAUGGACGCGCGAGCGUUGCUCUUGCGUGUGGGCGUCGUCGCUGCCGGUGCUUUUAUUAUUCCUAUUCUUCUGUCUGUCUGUCUGUCUGUCUGUCUAUCUCGCUCUGUCAGAACUUGACUCGCUACGAUAUAUAAUAGGUACCUGCCUUACUCAACUAGUACCGACGACGACUGCCAACCAGUUGAAGACGUAUUCGACUCUCUCGAUAUAUAUAUAUAUAUAUAGGUACCUAAUAUAUAUAUAUAUGUGCCAAAGACCUCACGCAUGCGAACUUGUACGGACGUAACCGCCUACGCUGCUCCCUUCUUACGACCCAAGCUCUUACCAAG